AUGGCCACCGCCGUCACCGAGACCAUCCCUCCUUCGCUCCCUUCCACCACCAACACGAUCAGUCUAGAUACCUAUGACGAAGAGCAGGUGAGGUUGAUGGAAGAGAGAUGCAUAUUGGUGGAUGAGAAUGAUAAAGCGUACGGAGAGGACAGUAAGAAGACGUGCCAUCUGAUGUCAAAUAUAAAUACCGGUCUCCUCCAUCGAGCAUUCUCAGUCUUCCUCUUCAGACCUUCAGACGGUAGAUUGUUAUUACAGAAACGAGCCGAUGAGAAGAUCACUUUCCCCUCGAUGUGGACUAAUACCUGUUGUUCCCAUCCACUGAGUAUCAAAGCUGAGUUGGUAGAGGAGAAUCAGUCAGGUGUCAAAUCAGCAGCUAUCCGAAAACUCCCUCAAGAGCUCGGUAUACCGUCCUCUCAGCUGAAAUCUGAAGAUUUCAUUUACCUAACUAAGAUACAUUAUUUGGCACCUAGUGAUGGACUAUGGGGUGAACACGAGAUCGACUAUAUCCUCUUCUCCACCAUUGAUGUCGACCUGAACUUGAAUCCGAACGAAGUGAGCGAUGCUAAGUAUGUAUCGAAAGAUGAAUUGGAAGCUAUGUUCUCAGAUUCCGACAACUCUUUCACACCAUGGUUCAAACUCAUUGCCCGUGAUCUCCUUUACCCAUGGUGGGACGAGAUGCUCUCGAAAUCGAAAGACCAAGGAUUGAGUGGAGUAGACGCUAAAGUAUUGGCCAAUGGACCUAAAGUCAGUGAAUUGAUCAAGAUGCUCUAA